UUAAUCAUAGGGGGCCGUCUUAUGGUCAUAGUGGGGUCCUAUGGUCAUUAGGGGGGGCCUGAGGUUGUAGGGGAUCAUAUGGUCAUAGGAGGGCGUCAUUUGGUUGUAAGGGCAUCCUGUGUUCAUAGGGGGAGUCCUGUGGUGGUAAGAGGGUGUCUUUGGGGUCGUAAAGGGGCCAUCAGUCACAGGGAUGAUAUAAGGUCAGGAUCUGGCAUUAUAGGAACGUCUAUUUAUACUUGGCGGGAAUUGGGAAUCGGGUCACUUAGGGUCUGGUUAGGUAUUACUAUAUGUACUGUUCAGCAAAUCUAGAAACUGGCUGUUAAGCUACUAAGAAGGUGAGGUGAUGUGGUAGUUAACUACCUAACAAACAGGUGGGAGGUCCUAUAGUGUCGCUUCGCUUUUGGCCGUCAUUGUGCUUACAGUCAACCUCCUCUAUUCACUAUGUCUAUUUGUGGAUUUUCCAUGGAUCUUAUGCACCCAUUAUUAGCGGAAAAUUCCCUUAUUCGUAGUAUUUUUCAUCGAGAAAUAUUCACAAAUUACAGGUAUUCUUCUACUGACAAUAGGGUUAGGUUCCAAAAUCCCAUCGUUUGUUGGAAAAAUCUUAUCUCGAAUAUAGCCUAGCCUACACUAUGGUAAUCAGUACCAUCUUUACAUAUAGGGUAGCCUAGUCUACACCAUACAGUUUAAAAUUUAUAUAUAUACCGUAUAGUAAUGAUUAAUUUCUUGAAUAACAUUAACAAGAAUCAGACUAGUGUAUACUAUGGUAUAUCUAAUACAUAAGAUUACAGUACCCUAGCCUACAGUAUACUCUAUACUACAUAUAUGGUAUAGUAAUUUAUUAAUAUAAGCUAAUUCUGGAGACUCAAUGCAUUCUGACUAUAUCAGUAGAAAAAAAAAAAAUGGACACGAAACGAGAAUCAGAUUCGGUCCAACAUUGGUAUAACUGAACGAUGUCAGGCGGCUGGUGGCUGCGUAUAAUUAUAAAAUAAAAACCUAACAAAUAUGCAUCUUCCGUGAAUCCUUUAAAAAGUUAUACAUUAGCGGACCCCACGUAUUCGCGUUCUCUGCAUUCGCGGACUCGUGCAUUCUCGGAUUUCUCUCUGGAACAUUUCCUUCCAUUAUUCGCAGGAAAUUCAUGUACUCACAGUAUUUUUUAUGAGAAAUAUCCACAGAUUCCUGUUUUUUUCAAUUUUUUUUUAUUUCAUCAUAAAAUGCACUUUUCAUGAUAAAAUAGGCCGUUUUCCACGUUUUUUUUUAGUGAUUCCAACUUUUUGCGGGUUUUAACUAUUUGGGGGGGGGUGUCUGAUGAAAACAUAAAUAGACUUGUGUACUAAUGUAACCCUAAUACACUUCCUGUGUAUUCAUAAUAAUCACUUUCUCUUUCUUGCAGAUAAUUCCCAAAGCACCAAUUGCAGACCUGGUGAGUGAGAGGUUCUUGGAAUUAAAGUUACGAUACAAAAUUAUCAAAAAGGAACUCUAUUCCUUGGCCUUAUUGGGAACUUGUGAGGACUGUCGUUCAUUUUAUUUUGCUAUUCUUCCAAACGGAGGAAAUUUCCUUCGGAUCCUAACUAGGAGUGAGUAUUGCACAUAGAACAUCCUGAAAAUGGAAGCUGAAGAAUCAUCAUCAUUGCUGCUACUCAAAGAAAAGGAGGAUCUGGAGGAGGGUCCAAUUGAAAAUGCAGAUAACAACUCUUCGUUUGCAGACCCAUUCUUAGAAGUCAAGGCAGAACCGGAAUUUUUUGACUAUGGUGAUAUUGAUGUGAACUGUUCUGCCCAGUCUAUUAUUAAGUGUGAAAAGGACAGCUCUCCAAACUGUGAUGAUGAGAGCGAAAAGAAAAAGAUCUGUAUUGGAGAAGAAAAUAGACAUUUGGGUAGAAGUGAGGCAGCAGGGAAGCGAUUAACUUGUGCUGAAUGCCAAAGGACAUUUUCAAGAAUUGACAAGCUGAAAUCCCACAUGAGAACUCAUACGGGAGAGAAACCAUAUACUUGCUCUGUAUGUCAAAAAAGUUUUUCUGAUUCAAGUACUCUCAAAUGUCACAUGAGAACUCAUACGGGAGAGAAACCAUAUACUUGCUCUGUAUGUCAAAGACGUUUUUCUGGUUCAAGUGGUUUCAUAUAUCACAUGAGAACUCACACGGGAGAGAAACCAUAUACAUGCUCUGUAUGUAAAAAAAGAUUUUGUGAUUCAAGUACUCUCAAAUGUCACAUGAAAACUCAUACGGGUGAGAAACCAUAUACUUGCUCUGUAUGUCAAAGAAAUUUUAUUCGAUUAUCUUGUUUAAAAAAACACAUGAAAACUCAUACGGGAGAGAAACCAUAUACUUGCUCUGUAUGUCAAAAGAGUUUUUCUGAUUCAAAUACUCUCAAACGUCACAUGAGUACUCAUACGGGAGACAAACCAUAUACUUGCUCUGUAUGUCAAAAAAGUUUUUCUUAUUCAAAUACCCUCAAAUGUCACAUGAGAACUCAUACGGGAGAAAAACCAUAUACCUGCUCUGUAUGUCAAAAAUGUUUUUCUGAUUCAAGUACUCUCACAAAACACAUGAGAACUCAUACGGGAGAAGAAAAAAACCAUAUUAAACUUUGCUCUGUUUUUGUCAGGAAAAGGUUUUUUUCUUGA